AUGGUGUUUUUGUCAAAUAUUUAUAAAAAUGUUGACGAAAACGGAUCGGCAGGAGCGGCUAAGGAUUUUCAGUUGUCAAGAACAAAUUCGGAGAAUGCGGCAACUAUUGGAGCCCAAGGCGGCUCCCUGAACUUUGAGAAGGAUCGGAAGCUUCGCUACUGGAAGCCGAUAUUUUUGCCGCUGGACGCCGAUAUUGUCCUUUUUAAUUUUGCACGCUGA